GAACAGAAGCACGAGGGCUGCGGGUGUUACUGUAGAAACCACCCUCCGUUUCCACGCCGGAAGCUGCAAUUCCUGCAGCGGAAGAGGUGUGGCCUCGGACUCGCCAUGUCCACGAACAAUAUGUCGGAUCCGCGGAGGCCGAACAAAGUGCUGAGGUACAAGCCCCCACCGAGCGAGUGUAACCCGGCCUUGGACGACCCGACGCCGGACUACAUGAACCUGCUGGGCAUGAUCUUCAGUAUGUGCGGCCUCAUGCUCAAGCUGAAGUGGUGCGCUUGGGUCGCUGUCUACUGCUCCUUCAUCAGCUUCGCCAAUUCCCGGAGCUCUGAGGACACUAAGCAAAUGAUGAGUAGCUUCAUGCUGUCCAUCUCUGCUGUGGUGAUGUCGUAUCUGCAGAACCCUCAGCCCAUGACGCCACCCUGGUGAUAUCAUUGUAAAGGGGUCACAUCCUGGUGCCCUCUCUCCACCUUCCCCCAGGCCUGGUCCUUGGCUGUUCAGCCUCCUGCCCUCAGCUGCUGUCUUGGGCUUCCCGGAGUGAGGUGGUCGCAGGGUCUGCAGCAGGGUGGAAGGAACCUGGCACUUUCUCUGGGAUCCCACUUCUACUGAGGCAGAGAGGGACUACCCUAGGCCUACCCCUUGUGCCUUCCUUCCCCAUCCUGCCUGCUGCUGGGGGAGAUGCUCUCCAUAUUUCUAGGUGUAGCCACUUGUUUUCUUGUUAAAAGUUAAUAAUAAAGUUUUGCAUUGUAGCUGUUC